AUGAUAAGGAAAAAUAGUAUCAUCAUGACUUCAUCAUAUAUUGAUUCUACAUAUCAUACAGGGGAGGAUGAUGAAAAUAAAGGUUUGAAUCCCAUAGAUGAUUUUAAGACUAUUUCAUUUGAACACUCUCAGUGUUCUAGUUGCAAAAUAUGGAAUAAGGAAAAUCAAGAAGACAAUUUAAUCGAUAUCCUAUCUAAAGGUAGAUCAUUGGCACUUAAGAAUACAUUUAAAUUUGGAGGAGGUAAAGUAAUGACCACCCCCUUUAUGCAUUCAUUAUAUGGGGAGGUACAAGAUGGGAUAUUAGAUAACAUGUACGAUGGAACGCAUGAUAAGUUGACUACGAAACUACUCGAUGGAAUGUAUGAUGAAUGGUCCUAUAAAACGUAUGGAAAGUCAAAUGACAAGUUACAUAGUGUAUUGUGUUAUGCACCGAGUGAGGGGUCUAGUGUUAAUCUAUCGAAUGUACUGAGUUAUGCACCGAGUGAGGGGUCUAGUGUUAAUCUAUCGAAUGUACUGAGUUAUGCACCGAGUGAGGGGUCUAGUGUUAAUCUAUCGAAUGUACUGAGUUAUGCGAGUGAGGGGUCUAGUGUUAAUCUAUCGAAUGUACUGAGUUAUGCACCGAGUGAGGGGUCUAGUGUUAAUCUAUCGAAUGUACCGAGUUAUGCACCGAGUGAGGGGUCUAGUAACGAAUUGCGCAACCAUAGAGAUGAUAUAAUGAACCCAUUUACUGAAUCGUAUAUAAAAAACAUUAAUUCCAUUAAAAUUGAUAAAAUAUUUAAAUACACAUGUGAUAAUAUAAAAAACAAGAAGCUCUUUCGAAAAAUUGUAGAUAAGGCUCAACGGAUAUUAAAUACUAAAACAAUGAAAGUAAUAAAAUUUAUUAUUCCAUUUAUACCAGUUAUUUCUAUGAUAACAGCAGCACUUACAACUUUGUUGUUAGGCUUAAGUCUACAGGCCAUUUUCAUAGCAAUAUUUGCCCCAUUUGCAUAUCCGUACAUUUUCAUAUCUUUAAGAAAUAAAUGA